AUGUCGGACCAGCAGAACCAAGGGGCUUCGCUGCCGUCUACCCAAUCAGGUGGCGCACCUGGCUAUGAGGGCAACCAGGGCCAGCAACAGCAGCACAUGCCUCCCCCACCGCUAGCUCCUGUCAUUAUCCCACAGAACAACAACCCCAUCCCGACCGCCAUCAGCUCGCCCAUGUCGGGAAACCCAAUGUCCCCGACCAGCGGGCAGCCUGGCUAUGUCCCUCGCCGUGCAGCGCCCGAGCCCAACAAGCGCGCGCUAUAUGUGGGUGGGCUGGACCCUCGAGUCACCGAGGACGUGCUGCGCCAGAUUUUCGAGACCACCGGCCACAUUCAGAGCGUCAAGAUCAUCCCCGACAAGACCGCGAGCUCUCCAUCAGGCUUCAACUACGGCUUCGUCGAGUACGAUGACCCAGGCGCGGCCGAACGAGGCAUGGCCACACUGAAUGGACGCCGCAUUCACAACACGGAAAUCCGCGUCAAUUGGGCCUAUCAGUCCAACAACACGGCAAAAGAAGACACCUCGAACCACUUCCACAUCUUCGUCGGCGACUUGUCCAACGAAGUCAACGAUGAGGUUCUUCUCCAGGCCUUUUCCACCUUCGGUCCGGUCGCGUGGAUACGGUUUCGUUGCUUUUCGCGAACGUGCCGAUGCUGA